CUAUUGAAAAAAUGUAGGCACACAACAAGUGUCCCCAUUCAAAAUUUAGCCCCCCAUGAGUCCAUGACUCCUCCAGAUUCGUAUCACCACCGACAGUCUCUCGCUCUGUCAAUAUCUCUUGAAACUAGAACACCCAUAUGGAGACUUGUCCCAAAAGUGUCUUAAUUUGCCAUAUUUUUAUCGAACCACUGUCCCACUCUGUUCUUCUGGUUUAUCAAAGCGUUUCGGUAGGGUAUUUGCUGCUGGGCAAUGGCUAUGGUUAAGAAUGAAAGAGACUGCUCCGACGCCAUCGACCACUUCAGUUAUACCAAGUUUUGUUUUCUUAAGGUUCAACCCUGUGUUUGUAUUUGGAGUGACAAAUGCUCCUUGAAAAUGGGAAGAAGGCACCCCUUCAUACUUGCAGGAUCUCUCAUGAUCUUUGUUGUCGUCGUAUUAAUCGGAUUUUCUGCAGACAUUGGAUACUUAUUAGUAGAUACACACGAGCAUUGCAGGGCUUUUGUCAAUGGCAAAUGCUGGUCCAGACACCAAUGGUUCACAAUUCUUCAUCACCACUGUGACAACUAGCUGGUAAUUUUAUGUGUUUUCUUGUUGAUGAUAGUGAUGAUAUUGAUGAUCAUAUUUGAUAAACAAAUAAAUACUUCUGUUAAAGCUACUAUCUUCUGCUGCAAAAUGCAUUGUUUUUGUGUUCAUCCAUUCGCACAUUUAUUUGCUUGAUGCAUCAAAAUCAUGAGGGAAAUGCUAAAGUUUAUAUGGUUUCAUAUCUAUAUAUUUACACUUUUUGUCUAUCUAGGUGUUAAUUGUUCUAGAUCUACUAAUGUAUGUCUUAAUGUUUGAUUGAGUGAAUUAGGACUUAUUCUGUUUAAUCUAUUUGAUGGACUUGGACAUGU